GCGGCCUUCUCUGAAGGAGUUGGAGCAUUUCCGCUGGCUUCCUUCCUCCUGUACCUUCUGUUUUACUAGAUCCCCAACUUGACAAUGGAACCCACGCACGGUAAUUGACAGUGGGCGGAGACCGUGGGCUAGGGAGCAGCGCACGUGCGCAUCAGGCGAGCCGCGCGCCGGAAGGACUUCUCUGGCCCAGACCUGCGGAGAGGAGCCUCAGGGCGGGGGGCCACGACGCGGGAGGUCGCCAUGGCUACAGAGCCCGCGACUUCGGAGCCCGCGGUGCCGUCGCUCGUGGAUCGUUACUUCACUCGCUGGUACAAAGCGGAUGUCAAAGGAAAACCCUGUGAAGAUCACUGUAUACUACAGCACUCUAACCGAAUAUGUGUCAUCACAUUGGCAGAAUCUCAUCCAGUUCUUCAAAGUGGAAAAACAAUUAAAAGCAUUUCCUAUCAGAUCAGUACCAAUUGUAGCAGACUUCAGAACAAGGUCUCUGGGAAAUUUAAGCGGGGGGCACAAUUUCUAACAGAACUUGCACCUCUGUGUAAGAUUUACUGCUCAGAUGGAGAGGAAUAUACCAUAUCUAGUUGUGUUAGAGGACGGUUGAUGGAAGUGAAUGAGAACAUUCUCCAUAAACCAUCUAUUCUUCAGGAAAAGCCAUCUACUGAAGGCUACAUUGCAGUUGUGUUACCCAAAUUUGAGGAGAGCAAAAGCGUAACAGAAGGGUUACUGACACAAAAACAAUACGAGGAGGUCGUGGUGAAACGCAUUAAUGCCACAACAGCUACAUCAUGAGGAUUGAGAUGGAGUGAAAUGUGCUGUAGGACACUUACCCACCCUGGCCUCAAAAUGUCAGUGCACUAAAGGAGGAAACCCAGAGUAUGUGAAGCAUACUCAGCACCCGCCAUCAGCUAGGGAGGCCUAAUCCUUCCUGUCACCUAGUUUCCCUUUUGUCUUCAUCCUUCAAGAUCUGUCCUGCCUGGGGACUCACUGUGUUGUGUCUAUCAACUGACAAGCAAGGGAUGUUUUUCUGAUUAAAAACAACAAAUCUCUUUCAGGAAAAUUGGAAAAUGGAAAAAUUUUAGGUAACCAAGUAAAAGCAAUUUAUCUACCGUAUCUAUGACAUAGAGGAAUACAUGCCAUGUAUUUAUCAUUAUUGCCUGAGUUUUCUGUCAGUUUAUUAUUUUUAUUUUAGUUGUAGGUGGACACAAUAUCUUUAUUUCAUUUUUAUGUCUCACACAUACUAGGCGAGCACUGCACCACUGAGCCACAGCCCCAGCCCUCAGUUUAAUAUUUUGAAAAAAGGUACCCAGCCUUUCUUCAGUAACAUUACCAAAAAGUCUCAUCCCAUCCCUUUUGCUUCAACUCCUCUGCCUUUAGGUUGUAGAGAAAAAACUGAAGUGCUAAGUAUAUCUUCUUGGCUCCCUAUGGAGAUGGGCCUCCCCUCUACAAGGAAUGAGAUCUCUAAUACCGAUUUCUUAAAUUGCAGAUACAAAAAAGGCUUUGCUGGAGCUUUCCUAGCAAAUGGAAAUAGGACAGUGUUCAUCUGGUUCUUGCAAUACGUAGGUUGUAGUUCACUCAGUCUCACACAUUUUAGGUACAGUUAAUGUCUAGCACAGAAAUGACAGAAUAGUUCACCCAAAGGCAUAGAUGCAAGAACUUCACAUCUUAUUUAAGGUAUGCAACACAUACAUAGAUAUAUAAAGGGAAAGAAAAUCACUUGAUGUGUAGGUUCCGUUGGUUCUUUAUCCUCUGAUGCUGUUGAAAUCAUGCUGUCCCUUUCCCAUCCCCACUCACUUCCAUGAGAAUAUUCUCAGGUAUCUAAAAGAGUAUUUUGUAAAUAAAACUUUAAAAUUAUUUUUAGUUCAUAAGAAAAAUGUCUUUAAACCUGAAUGUCAACAUGAUUGUCCUCUAUAUAUGACCCCUGACAGGUAGCAACUCCUACAGUGAUUGUGCUGAGCUGAAUAUAUAAGCCCAAGCCAGGAGAUCCCCACCUCAGCAUAAACACUGAUUCUUGAAGUCUUCAUACAGCAAUACUAGAGACAGGAACACUGGGUGUCUUAUUUUACAAAUAACAUUAUAUUGUUCAAUUUUUAUUGUAAUUUGAGACUUUUGAUUUCACAGAAUAAAAAUCAUGUUUGAUGACUUGA